ACUUUCCCAGCGUACGUGCAGGCAGACAUGGAGAGACAGUAGCAAAAACGGAGGAAGUUUGUCUACUUUUUCCAACCUCUCCAAGCGCGUAGCAGCUGCAGACGCCGGUGAUGCCACGAUGCGCCUCGCAGGCCUGUGCGUAUCUCUCCUGCUCCCCGCUUUAGUCCUGGCGCAAUAUGAAAAGUACAGCUUUCGUAGUUUCCCCCAAAAGGAAAUCAUGGCUCUGGACACGGCUUACAACUACGCGCUGGAGCAGUAUUCCGCACAGAACUGGGACGAAAGCGUAAAAUACUUGGAACUGAGUCUCCGGCUGCAUCGCUUGCUCCGGGACAGCGAGGCACACUGCGGCCGUAACUGCAGCACCGUGAGCCGGGACAACGACACUCUUUACGCAGACAGCACCCUCCGAGUCGUGCGCCACGUCCUGCUCCGCGCCGCCUGUCUGAAGAAGUGCAAGGCGAGCUUACCCGUGUUCGGCUUCUCGUAUCCAAAACGGGACCUCCUGGAAACUUUUGAGAUGAGAAAACCGUACCAGUAUAUCCAGUACGCGUAUUACCAGCUUAAUAACUUGGAGAAAGCAGUGGCCGCAGCUCACACGUUCUUGAAGAAAAACCCAAACGACAAAUCUUUGACCAAAAAUAUGAACUAUUACAAGACGCUGUUUGACGUGGAGGAAUAUCUGCUGGACCACGAGGAGCAGCCCUAUGAGAGUGUAUUCGUCAAAAGUGUGACGCAGUUCAACAGUGGGGAUUUUAGUAACAGCGCGCGCAACAUGGAGCAGGCCGUGACCCAGUACUUUGACCUCUACGACGUCUGCCUCGCUGGGUGUGAGGGCAACUAUGAGAUUGUGGAAUAUAAGGAUUUUUAUUCUACUCUAGCAGACUUGUACACGGAUGUCCUCAGAUGCAAAGUAAAAUGUGAAGAUUUCCUGACGCCGUCUGUCGGAGGAUUUGUGGUGGACAAGUUUGUAGCCACAAUGUACCACUAUCUGCAGUUCUCCUAUUAUAAAUUGAACGAUGUGCGGAGUGCAGCUCCCUGUGCUGCCAGUUAUUUGCUGUUUGACUCACAGGACAAAGUGAUGCUGCAGAAUGUGGCUUAUUACAGAUUCUACAAAGAGCAGUGGGGCCUAAAGGACCAGGACUUUGAGCCACGGCCCGAAGCUUUACGUUACUUCAACCAAACGAACAAACAGAAGGAGAUGCUGGAAUUUGCACUGAAUUAUCUACAAACAGACGAUGAGGAUGUGGUGAGUCCAGAGGAGACGGGCCUGUCCUCAUCUCAAAGCCCAGACUCAGAGUUCGAGGGUCUCGGGGAUUACGAGGAGGCGUUCCUGGCCGACUGGUGGCAGGAGCCCAAAACCAAGUGGGACACUGGAGAAGUGGAUUAAUGUGUUCAGUUGUAGCUUUUAUCAACUUUACAUCGAACCAAAGACUGUUUACCUCCUGCAAACAAACAAACAAACAAGCCAAGUCUAGUAGGAAAACACUGCACUGUGUAGACUGCAGAUUUCAUCAGUUCAAAAUCUCAUUAGGUUAAUUAAAAUUAAGCUAGGCCUGUCACAAUAACACAUUUUGAAGUAGAAUAUGUUGCUAUAGAGGUAUAUUGCGAUUUGGCCAAAGACUGUGUAUAUAAAUGGACAUAGCUAACCUACCUCGUCAUUUUUGUCUUAAAUGUUCAUAUUAACCCGCUCUACAUGAUCCCUGGGUUUUUAUUUCACUAUUUUGUCUGUAACUCAAUCAUUAAUAACAGACAAAUCAGGCGCCUUCUUUCCCUGAGUUCGCUCCCACUAGCGUUAGCAACAGAAUUGAUUGACGGCGUUACUAAGCACCGACUCACUGCUAAACCAGCAGUGUAUGCAGGAAGGGGUGUUACCUUCAAAAGCCUCUCUCCUGAUUGGCUCUUUGGUUGCUAUGAUACUCAUGGUCAGAGUUCUAAUUAUGUAACUGCUCUAAAUUGACCACUAUAACUCAUAUAGCUCAUUUCGAGUCGAACGCUGUGGGUGACGUCACACUCACUUCGUCCACUUCUUUACACAGUCUGUGGUCUCACGCCAGAACCAAAAAUGAUCAUCCAAUCAGAUUUGUUUAUUUUAUAGCAAAGGAGCUCAUUGGUCACCUAGGAUUUACAACUCAAAUCCAUUUAAUCUCACCUCAGACUGCAGAGAUUCUGCAGAAAUCCGCUAUGUUUUUUUGAUACGGUGGACCAUGCUUGUCUCUGAUUGGCUAAUCCAUCUGUCAAUCACGCAGGGAGGUUGACCAGACUGAUCUUCGUGUGUGCUCUGGAGCAUUUGUUAUUUAAACCUGGAUGUGUCUUGUGUUUGUGUAUUUUGUGAGGACGUUUGGUCAUGUGGUGCUAAAAACCAAAGACAAUCUUGUGAUAUUACUUGUUCAGAAAUAAAUAUUUUAUGAUAUAAAACUU